AUGGCAGAACGGCAGCAGCUGACGAUUCCAAAUAUGCGCAGGGCCUCGGGCCGAGGAGGCGGUGGUGGCGGCGAACGUCACCCGGCGCCUCGGGCGGCCCCAACUCGCAGGAUCACAGCUCUGAGUCCUGAAGAGCUCACUCAAGGAUUCCUGCUCCAUGAAGAACAGUUGGCGAUGCUACAGCACCAGGUCUCCAUCGUCUUCAAGUUCCCGGAGGACGCGCCCAUAGCACGCAGUCUCAUGAAGGCAGUGCGCGAAUGGCAGGCUGAACACAAGGCCGGCACCUCACACCCGUGGGGGUCGUGCUCUCACUACACGGCUGCCUCGCUUCUCAAGGAACUUUCCAAGAUCGAUGACCCCCCCAAGAAUUUCUGCAGCGCUGACAACAAGUACUUGCAAAAGGUCGUAAAAGAACUUGGCCCGGAUCUACAUGAAAGUCUGGUGCACAUGGUCUCAUACUGCUCUGCUCGCUUGGGUGCCAAAAAGGAGCACGUCAUCCUGGACUUCCGACCAGUUUUGAACACGGUCUUGGCCCGGCAGUCCGAGUUCAUCUCCGGCCUUCUCGACUGCUGUGAUGGCGAAAGGCUUGGAAAGCGAGCUCCUGGUGCCCUGGUUCGCAAGGAUAGCGCCAGUCAGAUAGCCAUGCCCGUGCUCCCGCAUAGCCUGGAAUACUACGCUAAACUAUGGCAAGAUGCUUGCGAUCGCGGACACGGCUCGUCAUCUUGCACGCAAGCUGACGCUCUCCACCAAGAGCAGGACAAGGUCCAGGGCAGUGCGCUUCUUGCCUCUGGGCGUGUCCGCCCUCCUACGCCCCCGAAGCCGAAAUCGUCUCGCAGCGACAGUGGCUCGCCUCCCAAGCAGACCAAGUCGCCCAUGCCAUCGACGAAGCCUCGGACCAAGUUCAACAAGAUUGAACUUGUAUGGAAGAAGAAGGACCCCCAGGGUGCACUCUGUGCCUCUGUAGUGCCAUUUUCCGGGGCCUCUGGCCACGGCUUCCUUUCGUUGAGCUCUUCCUUGUCUGCUAUUUUCUCCCGGCCAGUCCGCAGCAGCAUAGACGCCAUGGCCGCCUGGACGGUUCUGGACCCGGCUAAGGAGGCUCGUGCAGUCCUGGACGAGAUGGCAAAGACCUUGCUGGACGACCCCAGCAUGCCUACCGCGGCUCAGCUUCAAUCUCCACCGGCUGAGGUUUUGAGGACAUUGAUGGCCGGGAAUGCGGCUGGUCAGGCGAUUGGCAAGGGCAACUCCUCGGAGGUCCAUGCCUGCCAGUCCGACCCCCGCUAUGUCAUCCGCACCGUGCGUCAGCAAGACGAAGUCGAAUGGCAGCGAGAAUUUUCACGACUGAAACGAGCCAAUGGCGAGGUCAAAUAUGACACGGCGACCUUCAACACACCAGCCUCCAAGUUUGGCAACUCCAACGGCACCCUGGUACCAGAGGGAGUGGCAAGUGAAGGCGCGCAGGGCACGGGCAGCUGGGAGAAAUCGGCCAUCUCGGCGAGAUUCUUUCUGAAGUGUCAGCUGCGAACCUGCAGCGGCUUUGCCCGCACCAUUUACCAGGAGAUCUUUCCCUGGCAGGCCUACUCCAACCAAGAUGGCUACCUCGUGCUGUCCAAUCCUCCCCCUCCCCCCCCCCGAGAGUCGGCGCCAUCUGCUCCGACCACGGUCAAUGCAGCCCGUCUUCCGGGCAUUUGGGGAGCUGGCCAGGAAGCACCCCCUCAGAGGAUCCCGGACAGCGGUGACCUUCACAGUCAAGAAGCUUCUUCACGUGGGGUCACUGCUGUCUUCUCGACUCCGGUACAGAGCGCUAUUCGCAACGCUGCUGCCAGUCUCAGCGCGGCCGUCAGUUUUGCCCAGGAUAUGGAGCAAUCGAUGCCUCCACAAACACAGAGCACUCUGGCAGCCUUUUUUCGGGUCACCUCGGACAUUCUGCGGGAGGUCUCCGAGGAGCUCCUUGCGACUGCUCGCAAUGAAUCCUCCUCGACAGCGCAGAGCUCGGCGGCCGAGGCUGGCUCCCAGUCAAUGGUGCAGGACGGCUGA